AUGAUUUCCACACUCAGGGACAAGCGGAAGCUGAAAGCUGCUGAGAGAAUUCGAAGACAAACAAAUUGCUGGCCAUGGGAGAUUAUGGAGGAGAGGUAUAACCCACCACCAUGGAGUUUCCAACUACUUGAGGCACUCUCUGCUCUUGCUGUGCUUCGCUCUCCUGUUGUCGAUGAUAGCAUUGAUAUAAUACAACUCCGAGAUUCCCUCACUAGCCACAUGUUGAACCGCAGAUCGCGUCACAAGGAGCGGCCUAAGCGCUCAGCUGUUCACCUUCAAGCAGUUGACGUUGUUCAUGCCAAAGAAGCCUUCUCGUUGGCAUACCCACCGUCUGAGCUCCUGGCUCGGCGUGAGAAAGCCAUCGCCCCAGCCAUCGCCCCUCGAUCUCCUGAAUCCGCGGAACUACUGCCUGAAACCAGGGACUGGCGACAUAAGCCAGACAUCCCCCUUCGAUUUCCCCAAAGCACGGAUGUGAUUCAUGAUCCUGAUAAUACCGAUAGUUCAGUAUGGCCAGAAGAUAGUACUACAGACCGAGGUCCCCAAAGGCAGAAAGCGAUCAACCCCAAGACUGCUCGGUCCCUCGACAUUCCUACUACCCCUAAAAACUCCUCAAACUCAGACCUGCAGUCAUCUCGAAGCGGUGGAGUGGGCAAUCAUCCGUUUUCCUCGAACAACAAUCGACCACCUUCCACUCGAUCCCGAAGAGUAUUCAGACCUUCUCCCAUACUAUUAAGUGAUGAUGGCUGCGGGAGCGACACACAAGAUGAAGACCCACGGCCUUUGACCGGUACACUGCGAAAGAGAGGCCGCCCUGCAGCACCUCAACAGGAUCAUCACCAACUUGCAUCAAAAGAUACCACGAGCUCCCGAGUUGAGGAUGGAAGACGGCCGGCCAAGCGUCAGCGCUCUCUAGCUGAGGUCGGUGCUCCGGAAGAUGAUAGUAGCGGCAUUCAGGUCCUACAGAAGAUUGCUGCUGUGGGGCCGGACACAAGAAUUCAACAGCUUGAGGCGCCGAUACUGGAAGUACUUGCCGAACUACAAAGUGUCACUGCGUCCGUUGCCAUAGAGGUGCGAUCUUUGAGAGCAUCAGAGGCUGCAGCGCUCAAGUCAGCCAACGAGCAGGUAAUCGAUGAAACGCGCCAACUAGACGAUCUUGAGGCUACCGCAGGCAGUCUUGAUUCAAGAGUUCGGAGCGCAGAAGCUCAGUUAUUGUCCGCAAAAAAGGUUAGUCUGAAGGCCCAGGAGACUGUCACAUCACUUCGAGCCCUGCUGAGUUCCGACGACGAGCAUGAAGAAGCAAUUCUGAAGACACGAGAGGAGGCAGCGGCGGUGGCGGCCCGAAAUGAGGCAACCGCUGCUUCCAGGGUGCGGGAGUUGACAUACCUGCGAGACCGAUUUCAGCAGAGCACAAUAUCAAGCCUGCAGACAUCACGCGAGAAUGCAGUUCAGGCGUCCAUCAGACACCGAGAAAACUUGGGCAGACUGAGGUGUGAGAGUCGUGCGCUGAAACUCUACUCGGGGCUUGUCAGCCUUGGCCCAGCAGGCUUGCUACACAUGCUGAGCCUUGAAAAUCUUGGAGAUAGUCUCGAGGCUGGUCUACAGAAAUAUUGUCAGGACUUUUCGUCAGAGACCAGGGCUGGCGUCGGGGACAAAGGCGGCGACUGCGUCGCCGACAGUGUUCAAGCGGUCGCAACUAGUUGA